CGUUUUUGGCGCCGUCAAAACGUUUGUACUGACUUCAUUGUCUGAUUAUUUCUUGUAUACACACUACAAAUGAACAGACAAGCCAUCAAUUAGCUCCCAUAAUCAUUCAAUAAAAGUCGUGUUGGAUUCUUCUAUAGAAUAAAGUGAAAAUGUCCAAUGCUGAAGGAGAUAAUCUUCGUAAAUUAUUUUUGGGUGGCUUAUCAGCCAAUUCAACUGAAGAUUCUUUGCGAAAGUUCUAUCAACAAUUCGGUGAAGUCAUCGAUAUCACAGUAAGACGAGAUCCAACUACCGGUCGCUCCAGAGGAUUUGGUUUUGUAACUUUUGCAGAUGCCUCCUGUGUUGAUAAGGCACAAGCAGCUAGACCACAUGUUGUUGAUGGAAAAACCGUGGAUUCAAAACGUGUUAUAAUUGAAACUGAUCAAAAAACUAAAGGUUCCGGAAGAAAGAUUUUCGUUGGAGGUUUGAAAGCUGUUCACGAUGAAGACUUGCUAAGACAACAUUUUCAACAAUUUGGCAAGAUAUUGGGUAUAAAAGUUCUUAUUGAUCGUAACACAGGUCGAAAUCGUGGAUUUGCAUAUGUCGAAUUUGAAGAUUAUGAUGCAGCAGACAAGGCCGUAGCGCAUCAAAACCAUGUAAUAAAAUAUUUGAGAGUAGAUGUCAAGAAAUCUAACUACAAACCAGAUCCAUCGAAAUUCCAAAAUCAAAAUGGAUACACCGGGUAUGCAGGAGGUGCCCCAGCUUCAACAUAUCCUCCACCAACCUAUGCCGCACCAUAUGGUUAUCCCCCGCCAGCAUAUGGUGCCCCAGCUUGGGGAGCACCUCCACCACCUGGAGCUCCUGGUGCAUAUCCUCCACAACAACAAGCAGCACCAGCUGGUUAUCCGCAGCAACCACCACCUGCUUAUGGUGCUCCUCCGACGUGGAACGGCUGGGGCUAUGGAGCCCCACCAGCAGCAGUACCACCACAAACAGCACAGCCACCGGUGAACGGUUGGAAUAACGCUGCUGCUCCUCCACCAGCAAAUCAACCAUUUGGAAACUAUCAACAGUCAUAUAAUGGUGGUCCCGAAAAAACUGGACGAUUACAAACUAAUCGAAUGGCACCUUAUAAGUCUUAAAUAUGGCAAACAAAUUUAAUAACGACUCAAAAUGCCGUAUAAAUAAUAUAUUAAUUAUGAAAUAUAUUUUAUAAGACCGUGGAAUGGAAAGCAGAGCUCUGAACAUCAAUUUUAACAGUAUGAACUAAUAUAUUAUCAGAACAUUUUUAUAAUUUUAAAUAUCUAUGCUAUAAGUAUAUUAAUAAAGACAGAUAUAUAUAUCAAUAUA